AAAACAUUAACCUGCUCUUACACUAUGAGAAAACAUGCUGAGAGACACCGAAUGCUAACAGACUGCUGCUCCGGACUCCUCCCAGGGCCCCAGGACAGCCUCACACGCAACCUGAAAGACUGCUCUUGUGGAAACACUUCUGAGAAGAAGUCUAUAUGCCUCCAAGAACAAAUCCUAUGCAUUUAAAAAGCUCUCUCAAACAUUUGUGAAGCAGCAUGAGAAAAAUGCAUAUUCUGUCCUGAUUGCAUCUCUUCGUGAAAUCACACAAACAAAACUCUCAGAGAACAAUGAAUAUUGCUCAGAAAAGUUGAUGUCUUCUCGGCUAUCUCUCGUAGGUUCUUGAUCUCUCCAGCCAGCAAAGCAAAGUGCACAAGAAGUUCACAAUGCCAAACAACGCUUCACAAUGCUACAUCAAAACAGAACUGGAACCUUUCACCUAUUUUUACUACUUGAUCUUUCUUACGGGUUUUCUGGGGAGCUGUUUUGCGCUGUGGGCAUUCACACAAAAAGGUCAAAAGCAGAAAUGUAUGAGCAUCUACUUAACCAACCUCCUAACUGCAGACUUCUUGCUGACUUUGGCGUUGCCAGUAAAGAUCAUAGUUGACCUAGGUGUCGCGCCCUGGAAACUGCAGAUAUUCCACUGCCAAGUGACAGCCUGUCUCAUCUACCUGAACAUGUAUUUAUCAAUUAUAUUCCUGGGAUUUGUAAGCAUGGAUCGUUACCUUCAGCUAAUGCACAGCUCUAAGAUCUAUCGCAUUCAAGAGCCUGGAUUUGCCAAGGUUUUGUCUGCAGUUGUAUGGGCAAUGGUUCUCCUUAUAACAGUGCCUAACAUGGCUAUUCCAAUAAAAACCAUUGAAGAAAGACCUAAUGCAAGGUGCAUCGAUCUCAAAACAAAAUUUGGGAGAGACUGGCACGUGUUUACUAACUUCGUGUGCACAGCAAUAUUCCUGAAUUUUUCAGCUGUGAUACUCAUUUCCAAUUUCCUUGUUGUCAGACAGCUCUACCAAAACAAAUACAGUGAGAGUUACACAAACGUGAAGAAAGCCCUGGUGAGCAUACUGCUGCUAUCAGCAGCCUACCUGCUGUGCUUCCUUCCCUACCACGUCGUUCGUAUCCCUUACACUCUGAGCCAGAGUGAUACCAUAACCAGCUGCUCUCUGAAGCAAACUCUCUUUCAAGCAAAAGAAUCUACCUUGCUCUUUGCAGUAUCAAACCUCUGUUUUGACCCAAUUCUGUAUUAUCAUCUUUCCACUGUGUUCAGACUGAAAGUUAAUGAGGCUUUCAUGGCAUCCAAACAGGCAAAGGUGUCCACAGAUGAAGAGGCACAGCACCAAAGCGAGCAGUGGGUGCAAAUGUACUGAUUCUAAACUACAUGGAAAGGAUGUGCAAAUACAUAACCUAAACAGUCGCUGUGCAACUGGAAACACAGCUACUACCAUCGUAUUACCACUGGAUGGAUGAGAAGACUCACACCUCCAUACCAAACAAGCAAAGCACUUGGUGUUGCUUUUUGGAAAUACUGCAGCGUAUCAGUGACAGCCAUGAACAAUCAGCAAUAAUGUAAAAUAAAGCUUGUUGAGACACACCCAAAUAUACAUUCUUAUUAUUUAUGGUAAAUACUUUGGGCUCUCCCUAAGUAAAAUAUUGUAUUCUUACUAGAUUGAAGAGCUUGGUGGAAUUAAGUAAAGAUUUGUUUUCAAAUGGCAGCUCACCUGCAAAGCUUCUCACAGACACAAUUAAUCCAAAAGCAUUUUAAAGGGCACUACUUAAUCUAGAAUGCAAUGUUAAGCUGCACUGAUUAACAAACUAUUGCAUCCGCUUACAUCUCACCCAUAAUUCCUAUAAAUAAACCUUCUGUUCUUGUCAAGUUCCACUGCCCUCCCAUGAUGCUACUGCACUGAACUUAAAAACCAGCAAUAUGUGAGUGCAGGAAAUUCAAGUCAACUGUAAAAUGAAAAUAAAGAGUAAGCAGAAAUACUCAC